ACGCUCAGAAACGGAGGGGGGAGAGAAAGAGAGGGCGACGGAUGAAAAGAGUGGAAAAAAAAAACAAAAACGAAGAGGGGGUGUUUAAAAAAAAAAAAAAAGAACAUUCACAGAAAAGCACUCAGACACUAUAGAGAAAUACAUAUUUUUCUAUCCGGACAUGAUGUGUAUUUGACCGUCAGAAUGACGUGGUGCAACUUCGCAACGCGACCAAACUAAUUAGUAAUUUAGUAAGUAGUGCUCAGGAGGCCACUGGCGCCCGGAGAGGCAGCACACACACACACAGAGAGAGAGAGACAACACCGUGGUGAACUUCUCUCUGUCUCCUCCUCGAGCAUGAGUGCAGCUCUCCUGGUGUAAAAACAGGCGAAAUCCAUGAGGAACAGCGGUGAAGUGGAGUAGAGAGGGUGGUGGAGGAGUGAAAAUAGCUAAAAGGGGUAGGGAAAAGUUAGCGAGGAGUUUGUUUGCAGACUGGUUAACAAAUCCCGGCUCAGGGAGAGGAUGAAGACCCCGGGGGACUCGGGGUUUGCCUUCCCGGAAUGGGCGUACAAGCCAGAGUCGAGCCCGGGCUCCAGACAGAUCCAGCUCUGGCAUUUCAUCCUGGAGCUGCUCAGGAAGGAGGAGUACCAUGAUGUCAUUGCCUGGCAGGGUGACUACGGUGAGUUUGUCAUCAAGGACCCGGAUGAAGUGGCUCGACUAUGGGGUGCCCGCAAGUGCAAACCUCAGAUGAAUUACGACAAGCUCAGCCGAGCACUCAGAUACUACUACAAUAAAAGGAUCCUGCACAAAACUAAAGGAAAAAGGUUCACCUACAAGUUUAAUUUCAACAAGCUUGUGCUAGUCAACUACCCGUUCAUUGACAUGGGGUCUGCAGGUUCAAGCGUACCCCAGAGUGCUCCUCCUGUUCCAUCAGGUGUUGGAACCCACUUUCGUUUUCCUCCUUCUACUCCAUCUGAUGUUCUGUCCCCGAACGGUGAAGAGCUACGCAGUCCUGGUGUGUUUGCCAGUGUGGCACGGCGGGCAGCACGGGGGUCUGUCUCCGACUGCAGUGACGGCACCUCUGUAGCCUCGGAGCUGGAGGAGGUGGGCAUCGCUGCCAGUGACGAGCGCCCAGCAGAGCGAGCCUUCAGAUCUCUGUUCUUGCCACACCAUCCUCGGCUCACUCACGACUCUCUGUUCCGCAUAUAUGGUGUUCCUGCCCCGUUACCCUUCCCAGCCUCACCUGUGCCUGGUGGCCCCCUACUGCCCCCACAGCUCUCGCCUGCACUGUCCAUGACUUCUACACCAACCUCACACCUGCCGUAUACACCCUCACCCUCGCUGGCAUCCCCCAUGCUUGGUUCACGCUUCUCCUUCAGCCCUGAAGACAUGAAGCGCUAUCUACAAGCACAUGCUCAGAGUGUCUACAACUAUCACCUCAGUCCACGUGCCUUCCCACACUAUCCUAGCAUUGUUGUGCCCCAACCACAACGUCCUGAUAAGGGCCUGGCGGGGCCAGCAGCAGGUGCACACUUCACCGCUCAUUCACUGCACCUCCCGCAGCCUGAAGAGCCACACCCCUCACCCUUUAAAUUCAAACUUCAGCCACCACCGCUGGGUCGAAAACAUCGGGAUGGCCCGCCCCUCUCAGCACCAGGACACCUCCCUUCUGGUACUUCCUCCACAGGCUUGUUUGUGGGUGAAUGUGGCUCUGCAACAGGGCAGGGUUCCAAUUCUGUACCAUCUGAACUGGCCAACAGUGGUACCGGAGGGCCACCAAAGAUCAAGGUUGAACCUGUCUCAGACAUAGAAUCUGAGGAAGAAGUAGAGGUCACUGAUAUAAGUGAAGAUGAUAACUGUGACGUCUUUGCCCCAUCACACUGCAAUGGAGGGCCUGCCCUUCUGCCCUGCCCUGAUGGGAUCAUAGACAAUGAGGAAGAUGAUCUUGAGGAAGACGUCUUUAAAACCCCAGCUGCACCCCCUUCUAGCACCAUUAGUGGCAUUACCAUUGGGGUUGGCAUGACUUUGCCAGGCCUCAAAGCUGAACCUAGAGAGGGAAGUCCCAGCAGCCCCAGUGGCACCCAGUGCAUCCCACUGAAACUACGCUUCAAGCGCCGCUGGAGUGAGGACCAGCGAAUGGAGGCAGAAGCCGAGGAGGCUGAAGACAAAAAGAGCCGUGCUGAAAAGGAGGAACCCUUAGCCCGAGAAGCACAACCACAAAGGAUGCAGCCAAGUGAUGAGGGAAGGAGCCCUGUGAACUUGGCUGCACCCCUGUGCACAGGCCAGAGGAGAGUGAGCUCUGAGCUUCAGAAAGCAACAGCACAGCUGUCUUUAGAAAACAAUGGGUGCUGAGGGGAAAAUUGUAUAUACUGUCGCAUGCAAGACCAUACGCACCAAGCUGUGCUCUUAGCUAUUGGCUGUGGAUACAGACAUUCAGAACCAUUGGCUGAAAGAAUAAAUCUACAUGCAGUAACUCUCCAGCUGUUUUUCAUACCUGAAUACCUGACACAUGUACACAGAAUCACAGCUUUACUCACGUCAUGGUGCUGAGACACUACAAAUGUCUGAUACUGACUGCUCCUCCUCCUGCAGGAUGACGUGAACAGUCCUGUGCUCGCAGCUGGCUUGGUCUGCUCCAUUUCUUAGUCACUCAAUCCUAUCAAAUUUACAUGUAUAAACUGACCGUGACACACUAUAAUGGAUAUGUCUUUUCCUUGGAACUCCUUAGAGACUCUGCUAUUUGCAUUAAAGGGAGGCGCAUCAAUGCUUUUCAUGCCCAGUUUAACAGUUAAUGAAGUGCCUGAAACAGUGUUCAAUGCACUCUGCUAUACAGAACAAGAAAAGGAGAGGUGGCAACCUUCCAAACCCAUACUGAGAAAUGUUUCUCAUCUCUGGGCUGUAGUGCUUAUGACAAAUUAGAUAAGGAAAGUCAGUCAUUCAAUGGUGACUUUUUAUCCUCCCAGACAUUAAAUUAAGAACAGUCUUCUGUCAAUGUGACUUUCUUAAACAAAACUCAGGUCCUUUGAGGGACGUUUGCCGAACAUGUUGGCCUUUUGUUGAACAGCGUUGCCUUUUGCCCCCAAAACAGUACCACCUCAAAUUCUCCGCCUUCACACCUUGAUGCUACAUGCUAACUGCUAAACACUGCCUUAUAACACACUUGGGGUCCAAAAAAGUGUUUCAGAGGCAUAGCAGAGCACCUCUUUCCCAUCCUAUUCACUCAGCCUCGUUAGUUAAAGGGACCACUCGACCUUCUGCUGAUGUCUCCACAUGUAUAUUCAUCCCUGAUGCAGGAUAAAUUUUAGUGCAUCUCUCCUCUUUAAAGCUUGGCAUUAAUCCCCGCAACCAAGUAUGAUUUGUAAAUAAUGACUGUUUCUCCCCUUUUAGUCAGUUUUAACCCUGACAGAGACAGUAGUGUACACUGAGCGGUUAUUCUUACAGCUGAGGAUAGGGAAUAGAAGGCUGUAAUGUGUUUGUUCUUCAUACCGGUCUAAAGAGUUUCUGAAAAACAGCAAGUUUGUGAGCAAAAAUCUCAGGCAUACGUCAGCAAGAUCUAACCUCGGCUCUGCGGGUCCAUGAAGCCUUUUACAAAAAUAAUUUUAAAAAGAGAUUGUGCCUUUUUCUAUACAAACACAUUUGCGUUGCAAUUCUUUAAAAAAAAAAAAUUCUCCCACAUUCAAACAGAAAAAUGUGAUCUCAGACUGCUGUAAUGUCCUGGACUUUUUUUUUUUAAAGCAGAAAGAAAAUCAAAAUAAAAGCCCAUAUAUUGCAUAUGUUUAUCUAUAUUUAUAUAUUUGAUACAGAUGAUCUAUAUUCAAAACUUGGAAUAGUUUUGGUAAUUAUAUUUUUCAAGAUAAUAAUUUUUAAAAUACGCAUUACGCAACCUCAACUAUGUAAUUAGAAGGAUUCUACAUUUCCUUUCUGGGAAUGGAUUAGGGUUUAUUAAGUGUUAUUAAAGAAAAGACAAAGUGAUUUGUACCUUAAGCAUUGAUGUUUCAUGAUGAUGGAUCACACACAAGUGCAGAAUGCAAGGUGAAGGCAGGGAUCGUUCAUGCAAGUUGAAUUGAAUUGUCGCUUCCCGGCCAACUCAGAACCUUCAUUAAUGAUGACGGAGAUCAUGAAGGAGUGACCAUUGAUGUUAAAUGCUACACCCGUAAGCAUUGGAACAAACAAGGCAUGUUUUAAAAUGUGUAUCAUCCCCUCCCCCAUUGCGGAGUACAUAUUGUAAGCAGUUUUAUGGCAGUGCAAAACUUUGCCACAGUUUUCCUCCUUUUCCUUUUAUCUCUAUUUUAGAUUCAUCAGUGCUGCUGCAUUACACCAGCUCUAUCUGACAGCUGCCUUACUUAUUCAUACUUGUUUAAAAAAAAAAAGCAUAUAUUUUUCAUAUCUUCAGUAUAGAUAUUGCUGUUAUACCUGUUCAUGUCAUCAUUUAUUUUUAAACAGAUAUAUUUCUUGAAAGAUUAGCUUCUUAAAAGUGCAACAAAGUGUAUUCCAUAAUACAGACCCAGUUCUUGCUUUGUUUGCUGGUUUUAAUCACCAAAAACCAGGUAAAGGGGAGGGGUAACAUUAUGAUGUCUCACUAUAUAUAUAUAUAUAUAUAUAUAUAUAUAUAUAUAUAUAUAUAUAUAUAUAUAUAUAUAUAUAUAUAAAAAGUGUACAUAUUUUUGCAUUUUGGUUAGAUGUAGAGCAAUGAAUUUGUGUACAAGGUGUCUUUUUUUUUUUUUUUUUUCUGUACAUGGAUUAAUCUUUCUCUCACGCUUAUACUCUCAGCAGUUAUGUGUAACACUCUAAAGAAGAUAUGUAACUUGAUAUCAUGUAUUCUAGUGUCUCCUUUUUAAAACUGUAAUCAGGGUUUAUUAAAACAGGUAAACCUGA